CCCUUAGGCAUUUGGCUCAAGAUUACAGCAAUAAAUACAUUCAUCAGAGCCCCCUGGCCCUUCCAAGAACCAGGCAGUCAUAAGAUUACCUCUACUGUAUUCUUCUGCUUCUAACUCCAGUGAAGCGUGUCAACCUCUUAACGAUUCGAGGUUCAUGGUGUUUUCACUAAGUCUACAUUUGGUACAGCACAGCAGUUUCUCAGACUGCACAUACGCUUCUUGAGAAUAUUGUUCCUGAGAGAAGCAGCUGAUGAGUAUCUUUCCUUCACCAGACUGUGAUCAGAGGAUGCGAAGAGAAGGUGCCAUCAUGUGAAUGCGAAACAGCUAAAUCAGAAACAGGACACCUGGGAAGGCUGAGCCGAAACUGCUUGUGCACAGGAUGACAGACUGAUUUGCUGUUGGAGACGAGAUUUGAGAAACCCCGCUCCUUCAAAAGACUUUCCUGAGUGAGAGGAAAGGAACAGGAGAAAGCACACAAAAGAGCAAUGGGAAUUGAGGGCCAUGGUUACUUGAGAUAAAUGGCAGAUCCCUGGGAGUCUAGCCUUGUAGCUGUUUGCUUUAGCUUUGUCUCUCUCCGCAGCUGCUGUUUCUUUUUUGCGAGCUGCUGCUGGGUACUGCCACGGCGGCACUGGAGAUUUCAAGAGCGACGUGGGUGCAGAGUGUGAGGAGGGGGUGGGCAGCCCGCCUCACCAUGAUUCAGUUGUGGAAAGUAGUGCGGCACGUGCGACAGCUGGAGCUCCACAGAUUGAUCCUGCUGCUCAUUGCCUUCAGCCUGAUCUCCAUGUGCUUCCUGGCUUACUACGUCACUAACAGUCCCAAAAUCAAGGAACCACCGCCCCUGCCCUUCAGUGACUGCAGCAACCAGCACCGCAUCUUGAUCCCACCCCAAGCCAGCUGGAGGCUCACAAAAUCUGUGGACACCUCACGCACAGAUCCAGUGGUGCUAGUCUUUGUGGAAAGUAUUUACUCCCAGCUGGGGCAGGAAAUAGUGGCCAUCCUGGAAUCUAGCCGGUUUAAAUACAGGACAGAGAUCGCCCCUGGCAAAGGGGAUAUGCCCACUCUGACAGACAAAGACAGGGGACGCUAUGCUCUUAUAAUCUAUGAGAACAUCCUUAAAUAUGUGAACCUAGAUGCUUGGAACCGAGAGCUGCUGGACAAAUACUGUGUAGAGUAUGGAGUGGGGAUUAUAGGCUUUUUCAAAGCCAACGAGAACAGCCUGCUCAGCGCACAGCUCAAGGGUUUCCCCCUUUUCCUACAUUCCAACUUGGGGCUGCGGGACUAUCACAUCAACCCUAGUGCUCCCCUGCUCUACGUCACCCGGGCUAAUGAGGUGGAGCAGGGACCCCUGCCUGGUGAUGACUGGACUGUGUUCCAGUCAAACCACAGCACCUAUGAGCCAGUGCUGUUGGCCAGCACGAAGUCCUCGGAGUCCAUUCCUCACCUGGCCACUCACAAAGCGUUGCAUGCCACGGUGGUGCAGGACCUGGGUCUGCAUGAUGGGAUCCAGCGGGUUCUCUUCGGCAAUAACCUCAAUUUUUGGCUGCAUAAACUCAUUUUCGUGGAUGCCAUUGCCUACUUGACUGGCAAGCGCCUCUGUCUCACGCUUGAUCGCUAUAUCCUCGUCGACAUUGAUGAUAUAUUUGUGGGAAAAGAGGGCACUCGCAUGAAAGUGUCUGACGUAGAGGCUUUACUGAGCACCCAGAAUAAGCUGAGAACUUUAGUCCCAAAUUUCACCUUCAACCUGGGCUUCUCAGGGAAAUUCUACCACACAGGUACAGAUGAGGAAGAUGAGGGGGAUGACAUGCUGCUUAAACAUAGGAAGGAGUUCUGGUGGUUCCCUCACAUGUGGAGUCACAUGCAGCCUCAUCUUUUCCACAAUGUCACUGUGCUGGCUGAGCAGAUGAAGCUGAACAAACAGUUUGCUGUGGAGCAUGGGAUUCCUACAGACUUGGGCUAUGCUGUAGCGCCCCAUCAUUCUGGGGUUUAUCCUGUCCACACACAACUCUAUGAGGCAUGGAAAUCCGUUUGGAGCAUCCAAGUAACGAGUACGGAGGAAUACCCACACCUACGGCCUGCCCGGUAUCGGCGUGGAUUCAUCCAUAAUGGAAUCAUGGUUCUGCCUCGACAGACCUGUGGUCUUUUUACCCACACUAUCUUCUAUAAUGAAUAUCCCGGUGGCUCAAAGGAGUUGGACAAGAGCAUUCGUGGUGGUGAACUCUUCCUGACAGUGCUCCUGAACCCGAUCAGCAUCUUCAUGACCCACCUGUCCAACUACGGGAAUGACCGUCUGGGACUGUACACUUUUGAGAGCCUGGUCAAGUUUGUGCAGUGCUGGACCAACCUUCGCCUGCAAACUCUGCCCCCUGUCCAACUUGCAAAAAAGUACUUCGAAAUCUUUCCCCAGGAGAAGAAUCCCUUGUGGCAGAAUCCCUGUGAUGAUAAGAGGCACAAGGAUAUCUGGUCCAAAGAGAAAACAUGCGAUCGACUCCCCAAGUUCCUCAUCGUGGGACCUCAGAAAACUGGCACAACAGCUGUGCACUUCUUCUUGACCAUGCAUCCAGCUGUCACCAGUAACUUCCCCAGUCCAUCCACCUUCGAGGAGAUCCAGUUUUUUAAUGGACCCAACUACCAUAAAGGAAUCGAUUGGUACAUGGAAUUCUUUCCCAUCCCCUCCAAUGCCAGCACAGACUUCAUGUUUGAGAAGAGUGCCAAUUACUUUGACACAGAGGUGGUACCAAAACGUGGUGCAGCCCUGCUGCCUCGAGCCAAAAUCAUCACUGUUCUGAUCAACCCUGCUGACCGAGCCUAUUCGUGGUACCAGCACCAGCGUGCUCACAAUGACCCUGUGGCGCUCAAUUACACUUUCUACCAAGUGAUCUCUGCAAAAUCUCAGGCCCCUCAGGAACUGCGCAACCUGCAAAGCCGAUGCCUGCUCCCUGGCUGGUAUUCAACUCACCUGGAGCGCUGGCUAACAUACUACCCCUCUGGGCAGCUUCUCAUUGUGGAUGGUCAGGAGCUGAGACACAGCUCUGCCUCUGUAAUGGACAAUAUCCAGAAGGUCUUGGGAUACACCCCGCUCUUCAACUACACCCAGGCCCUCAGAUUUGAUGAAGCAAAAGGAUUUUGGUGCCAGCUGCUAGAUGGAGGAAAGACUAAAUGCCUAGGAAAGAGUAAAGGAAGAAAAUACCCUGAUAUGGAUUCCUCGUCACGGCUGUUCCUAAGAGACUUCUACCGGGAGCACAACAUUGAAUUAUCCAAGCUGAUGAACAGACUUGGACAGCCCCUUCCAACCUGGCUCCGGGAGGAACUGCAGAACUCCAGCUGGAGCUGAGGGGGACUCCCUUGCCCCCAGUGUCAUUGGGAUGUGUGGUGCUCCAACACGUGCUAUGAUGCCAUCUCUUGUCAAGCCAAAACAAGUGGACAAAUGAGCAGGAGCAGAGAAUGUGGAUGUGGAGCCUUUCCCCACCUGUGGGAAGGGCUGCUGCCUCUGACUCUGCCCUGAGGCAUGGAGUGCAAGUCAUGUUCUUGAGUAUUAAUGGUGUGCUACACUUUCACUUUUACUUACAGGAAGGAUUUGGAAUGCCUGCCCUACUUGGAGCAGGGGAGAGAGCACAGUUAGCAGUUUGUUCAAAUUACUCAGUAUAUCGAACAGGCACUAGCUGGAGGGAUAACGUGUUACUCCUCUGAGUCCAGAAGUAAAGACUUAAGAGGGGAGCUAUUGAGCCCACUGCUGAGAAGAACUGCAGCAGCUUAAUAAAAGGGGAACCUAGUCCAGUGAACCCCAGCUUUUAUCCAGUAGCCUAUUUGGCAGCAGCAAGGUACAAGAACACCUUGUUCUUCCCCACGCUGAGUACAGUGGCCGUGAUUGUCGCUUACAGUGCCACUGUGUGUGGCCGUUGGGGACUGCACCUUCUUGGAGACAGCUGUAACAGACAUAGGAUUGCCUCUCCUUACCUGCAGCACCGGUGCUGUGAUACCCCAUCCAGUGACUGGGCAGUGGGAGAUAAGGCAAAGCGGAAUCGAUUUGUUAUCCUGGGGAAAAGGUUGCCAUAUGUGGUAACAGGGCAAGUAUUUCUCUGCAGGGACUUUAGACAGUUCAAAACAUAGCCAAGGAGCAGUAAGUCCCCUUAGAGCACUUUGGAGGCACAUGUUAGUGCAGCACAGCAGCUGGGGGAGGCAAAGCUCAGGUAUUAUAACAUAAGGCUGAUGAUGCAGCUGAAAGCAGGCAAUUCAGUUCCCCAUAUCUGAUCAGCUUAAAAAAACAAAACACCCAACAUUUUUCUCUUUCUAACAGCUCCAGGGCCCCUACCACUUAAGUAGCAUUCAGAUAUAAAGGGAAGGCUUGGAGUUCGAAGUGGCUUCCUGUAUCCAAAAGGGGCUGUUUCCUUUACUACUUCUGCACAUAGUCAAGUGAGUACACUAAGGUGCUUGGCCUCCUCCUGCAGUUGCCGGAUAAUUGUUCUCAGAGGAAAUCCUCCAUCGUGGUUGUACAUGUUUUCUGUUGCUGAGCCAUGGGCUUCUGGAGUUGUGCAGGCCAUCAUCCCUCCCUCGCGGGCACCAGCCAUCCUUGGAGAGUGCUGCAGUUCAGAGAACAGAGGGGCAGGAUCCAUAUGAACACGGAUUAUGGAAACUUCCACAACUGUCAUGAGCUCCUUUUCUCCUAUCCAGAGAGAGGUUGCUUCAACCAAGCUUUUCCAUUGAGCCUUAGGUAUUGUGUAUUUCCGAAUGAAUGGUGCAUUUACCGUUGUAUGUAAAUGUAUAUAGUAUGCAAUAUAGUAUUUUAUUUCACAUGCCCUUGGAAAGGGUUAUUUUGUGCAGCCAAAAAAAAAAAAGGACAGAAAGACUAGAAACCCCUCUCUCACUCCUGUUAGAGAGAAGAGCCUGGCUUCCUGCACUGGAUUCAUGUAUAGCAUCAUUCACAUUGAAUGAUAAUGAAGAAAUUCUUGGCUCUUGAAGCUGAGCACAAGUGUCUGAAUAAAGGCUAGAAGUAGUAGUAAGUGGAAAUUCAAUAAAUGUACUACUUAUUUUUC